GCGGCGGCCGCGGCCCAGCCGGUGCCUCACGGACACCCGCCCCGGGGAGGCCGCCUGCUCCGCGCCGGAACUAAAUUGGAGGAAUCCAUCAUCGUUUUUGAUGUGAAGGCUUCAUCACUGACAUCUCUAUGUUCAUUUGUCAUCCUCCAGGAAAUAACACGGCUCAUCAGCUGCAAUAAGUACUUUGGGUGUACACUGACAUUUAUUUGGAAAAAACCAAAUUAAUUAACAAAAAACCCAACAGACAAAACCCGACAAACUUUUUGAAGACUUGUGUCAAAUGACGUCAAUGGCCAGUUUGUUCUCCUUUACUAGCCCAGCUGUAAAGCGUCUGUUGGGCUGGAAACAAGGAGAUGAAGAGGAAAAAUGGGCAGAAAAAGCUGUUGAUGCUUUGGUAAAAAAGCUGAAAAAGAAAAAAGGUGCUAUGGAAGAACUGGAGAAAGCCUUGAGCAGCCCAGGGCAGCCCAGCAAGUGUGUUACUAUCCCCCGCUCCUUGGAUGGACGGCUGCAGGUGUCUCACAGGAAGGGCCUUCCCCACGUCAUCUACUGCCGUGUGUGGCGCUGGCCGGAUCUGCAGAGCCACCACGAGCUGAAGCCCUUGGAUAUUUGUGAAUUUCCUUUUGGAUCCAAGCAAAAGGAAGUCUGCAUCAAUCCAUACCACUACAAGAGGGUGGAGAGCCCAGUUCUACCUCCAGUGUUAGUGCCUAGACAUAGUGAAUUCAACCCCCAGCACAGUCUGCUGGUUCAGUUCAGGAACCUGAGCCACAACGAGCCGCACAUGCCUCACAACGCGACGUUUCCGGACUCCUUCCAGCAGCCCAACAGCACUCCAUUCUCCAUCUCACCAAACAGCCCCUACCCCCCUUCUCCAGCCAGCAGCACUUACCCGAGCUCCCCAGCCAGCUCUGGGCCAUCCAGUCCCUUUCAGCUGCCAGCUGAUACUCCACCUCCUGCAUAUAUGCCCCCUGAUGAACAAAUGGGGCAGGAUAAUUCACAGUCUAUGGACACAAGCAAUACAAUGAUCCCUCAGAUCAUGCCAAAUAUAUCUACCAGAGAUGUUCAGCCCGUUGCCUAUGAAGAACCCAAACACUGGUGUUCCAUUGUGUAUUAUGAGUUAAAUAACCGUGUUGGGGAGGCUUUCCAUGCAUCUUCCACAAGUGUCUUAGUAGAUGGCUUUACAGAUCCCUCCAAUAACAAGAACAGGUUCUGCUUAGGUUUGCUCUCCAACGUUAAUCGCAACUCAACGAUCGAGAACACUCGGCGGCACAUUGGCAAAGGAGUUCAUCUCUACUAUGUUGGUGGAGAAGUCUAUGCUGAGUGUUUAAGUGAUAGCAGCAUAUUUGUACAGAGCAGGAACUGCAACUACCACCAUGGCUUUCAUCCAACAACUGUAUGCAAGAUUCCCAGUGGAUGCAGCCUGAAGAUUUUUAACAAUCAGGAGUUUGCUCAGCUUUUAGCUCAGUCUGUCAAUCAUGGAUUUGAAGCAGUCUAUGAGCUCACCAAAAUGUGCACCAUUCGAAUGAGUUUUGUAAAGGGCUGGGGAGCUGAAUAUCACCGGCAGGAUGUCACGAGCACCCCGUGCUGGAUAGAAAUUCAUCUUCAUGGGCCCCUCCAGUGGCUGGAUAAAGUACUUACACAAAUGGGUUCGCCUCUUAAUCCCAUCUCAUCUGUUUCAUAGUGCUGCAAUUCCACCUUCAGCCUUAUUUUUAGUGAACUUAUUCUAAUUCUAGAGAAACUUCCAGUGGAUACUGUGAGCUAUAUGGAGAAUGGAUCUUAUGAUUUAACUUUUUUUUUUUUUUUUUAGAUCCCUUUGUGACCAAUUCCAUUGUGUAUAGCUAAUCAGUUUUACAUUUCAAAUUGUUCUUGUGAUGCUUAAGUGACAGUUGAGCCCUAAGGGAAAAAAUAGUCUAUUGAAAAAUUCAGAACACUUUUCCCCUUCUUCCCCUUAAAACUUAAACAGACAAAUGUCUUAACUGGAAAACCUUUUUGUCCUGUAGGGACAAGAAUUAAUGAAGACUGACUUCAGAACAUAAAUACAUAUCAUAAUUUGGGAUUUUUUAAUGUGUUUUAAUGAAACUGUUUGAACAUGUGCAGCUCCAGCUUGCAAGCUGUAUUUUUAGCUUAGUGUUUUAACAUCUUAAGGUUGACAUCUCUCAUAAGCAAAAUUAGACUUUAUUAUGGCUAAUUUGCCUCAGAUUGAACAAUGUGAUUUUUUUUUUAAUGUACACAUGAAAUAUACUUUUUACAAAUAUUGGAGUGGUGUACAAACACUUGUAUUGUAUUUUCUAUUGGAAAAUGCUGUCAUAAACACAUUGUAUAUUAAUGCAGAAUAGCAGUUCUUAGCCUUUUCCCACUUUGGUUUUGUAAUAUCUCUUUUAACCACCAUUUAAAGUAGUAAUUGAUCCAAGGUAAACAUCCUGCACGGUUCUGGAGUAGUGAUUCUUGUUUUGCUUUGAUUUACACUCAUGCCGUUUGGAUUUGGUUGCCAAGGCUAUUUCUUUUUAGGUACCUUUCUCUAUUUUAACAUAAACACUACUAUUUGUAAAUGGCAGUGCUUACUACUUUUUGGAAGGAAUAAGUUUUUUGUUUUCUUUUUGGUGUUCUAGCUGUUUAUUUUACCUGUCUGGAAUUGAUCUGUGUUAGGCCUUUUUAGUCUCUCAGUAGACAUUAUGCAGUAUUAGUGAUUACACUGUAUUUAAUUCACUUUCAAGUAUGAGUUUGGGUUUCUUUGAAGACUGUGAGUGGCUUAGCAAAUGAGUAACUGAAUGCAGAAGCUUUUACUUCCAGAUCAUGUAAUUUAAUUCAGACCUCUUGGUAAUGACCAAAAGUAAUCACUUCUUUGUAGCCUGCAUAAAACUGUGCUCUUGAUCCUGUCCCUGAUGGCAGGGCUUCAAUCAGAAGACUUGUAGCUGUGGUUGGCAUCUUUAUGGGAUUGAAGGACUGUGUUAAUAUGACAAUGGAAUUUCUCUCUCACAUCUAAAGAAUCACAGAACGUUGAGGGUUGGAAGGGACCUUAAAGAUCUCCCAGUCCCAACCCCCCUCUCCAUGGGCAGGGACGCCUCCCACCAGACCAGGCUGCUCCAGCCUUUCUCCAACCUGGCUUUGAACACUGCCAGGGUUGGGGGCAUUCACAGCCUCUCUGUGCAGCCUGUGCCAGUGCCUUACCAGCCUCACAGUAAAGAAUUUCUUCUGUAUGUCUAAGCUAAAUUUGCCCUCUUUCAGUUUGGACCUGUUACUCCUUGUCCUGUCACUACAGUUGUAGACAAAGAGUCCCUCUCCAGCUGCCCUGUAGCCCCUUCAGAUGCUGGAAGGUUCCCAUGAGGUCUCCACUCAACCUUUCUUCUCCAGGCUGAACAGCCUCAACUUUUUCAGCCUCUCUCUUCAGGGGAAGGUGCUCUAGUCCUUUUACCAGAAUUGUGACCUCAGGACUUGCUCCAGGAG